GUGUCAUAUUCAAGAUGGCGACAAAACGGUGGUGGUGGUCCGUUGUUUUUCAAUUUGUUUAAUCGUUUUUGCGAAUAAAAAUGAAUUUAAUUUUCUAAUAAUAUGAAAAAUGAAAAAUUAUGGUUAUUUGUGAAUAAAAAUUUGAAGAUAAUUAUUUAUUUCUACUUGAAGUCCAAUGUCAAUGUGUCUCGCAAAUUUUUUAACGAACAAUUGAGAGAGCUGUGUGUCAUCUUAUGCACUCGUUUAACUGAAACGAAAUAAGUGUUGUAAGAUUACUGCCACACCUUUACAUUUUUCACGUAUGCGUAGGUAUGUAACGUUUUUGCGGGGAUUCACUGUAGAAAGCUUUUUCUGCAGAACGAGUUCUUUGUGAGUUGUGGGUGUCGGGAGAGCAGAAUCACCGCAUCGAUUUUAAGAGCGACAUCAAAAGAACAAGAUUUUAAAGUAUAAUCAAGUAACAGAAAGAUGUUAAGAAGACGAAGAAGAAGAAAUCAUUGGUGAAAAUAAUAUGUUUAUUUGAUAUACAAUAUUAUAGAAUCAUGCUGCAGGCGGUUCGAAUGUUAACUGAAUUGGCUCGACCAUCUGAAGAUCGAGAACGUUCGAAUGCACGAUCGAUGGAUGGAGCUUCAUCAUCAACGGAUAUUGAAGGUGAUUUGAGAAAUAUCUCAGUACAAUUUCGAGAAAUUCACAAGAAUGGUUGGCUAAGAAGAACUGACAAAACUGACAAGGAGAUAUGUAAAUUUUGGGUAGCAUUUUGUGUUCAUGAUGAUACGGAGCCGCGACUCGAGGGCUACGUAGAUCAGAAACAGGCGACAACUCAUUCGCCAAUGUGGUCUCAUUCACUUAGGAAUGUAUUGCACUUGUCACCGACUCUUUGUGCAACACAGCGUAACGACUAUGAAUUCUGUGUCAAUUUCAAUGAUGAUCGUGUUCUGAGAUUAGCAGCGCCCACGUAUCAAGCUAUGUACGAUUGGGUGCAAGCGGUUACGAGAAAGUUAACCGAUAUGAAAAUUCUCCGUCCCAAGGAAAACGUCUACUCCAAAGGUCCAGAACGAAUUGUCACACGAGAUCCCACGAGUCCUUUGCCACCACCUCCUCCUUCCACAAUUGGAACGCCAAAUACACAACGACCAGUAGCAUUAUCGCCAUCAGCAAACGCUGCCAAUACUUCUCCUUUUAUGAGAGAAAUAAAUUCGGGAACAACACCGUCAGUUUUCACGUUUGACGAUGUAAGUGUUGAGGAGCAUAGAUUGCGACCAGGAACAACACACACGCAAGCACAAAGAACAACACCGCCUAUUCCAAGUCCUCGAAUUCCUCCACCGCCAACACCGUCUCCGUCAAUAGUUACAACAGCAACAUCCACUACAACGGCAGCAGCAGCAAGUAAUGAUGAUGCGGGUAAUUCAAGCUAUGAAAGUGUCUUUCUCGCUUCAUCGCAUCCUCCCAAUGAGGAUAGUACAUCUACUGUAAUAAAUUCUACACGAAAUGAUGAGUCAAGUGAACGUUAUGCUGCGCUUAUGGAAUACAGGAGUUCGGGAAAUGCUGAGAGUGAAAAUCCGGUUGAGCAGUCGUCGAGAGAAGUUCGAGGAAUUACGUCUAAUAUCCGUAGACAAUUAACACUUAGAGAGCAACAGGUUAUGCAUCUUAGACGUGAAAUGAGUCAUCCUGCUGGUGUGAGACUGCAACUGGGAAGACGAGAUUGCAAAGAUGGGAUUGCGUUUGUUGAUACAUUUGGCGCUGUUUGGGUAGCUGGUUGGAAGCAGCGUGAACAUCCAUUAUUGCAUAAUUUUUUACACGUUGGUGAUUUGGUGCUCAGUGUUGCAGGAGUGCCUCCGGCUGGAGCAGCGGCCGUUAAAAAUAUACUCAAAAAUUGCACGACUCCCAGAGUUGAAAUGAUUGUGAAGCGAUUACCACACGCUCGUGCAUUGACCUUAACUAGAAGAUUGGAGAGCGACGAUUUUGGAUUAGAAGUAAAUGCUAACGAAGUGUCGAGAGUCACUGGAGUAGCUCUUUCACAAGGACUUCCUUCCUAUGUUCCUGCAGCGGAUCCUGCAGCGCCUUUAGGUACGACUGUUACUUGGUCUCUUACUGAAGUUAAUGGACGACCAUUAAAUAUUUUCGAAGGUGGUGCUCAAGAGCGUCUCAUUGCUGUGGGUCGUGAUAUUUCAAUUGUCUUACAGCCCACGGAUCUUGUUUCAUCCCUUCGUAAAAGAUUACGAGCAAUUCGUAAUUAUAAAAACUUUGUGGUGCAGUGAACAAUUUUGUUGUUUUCUCAAAAAAAAAAAAAAAAAACGAUUUUUAAUGAACAAUUUGUGCAACACAAAUUUAAUGAUAGUUUUGGGCAAAUUACCUAGGAUUACUUUUUUUUCAAAUCAAGUUCUCGAGGCUGCCUAUUCAUCUGAAAAUGAUGAUUACGACGAUUGCUCACUUAAAGAGGUCUGUUAUUAAUCGUUUAAAGAUUUGAAUUUGAUCUUCAGAUUAAAACAAAAACGUAGUCAAACUUUUAGAAUAUAAUUGUACUGAAUAUGUCUAAAGUUCUAAACAUUCCUAAUUUUUCUUCAAAUUGAAUAAUAGGUAAAAAAAACAAAUUCAAAAACUUAUAACAAUAUGAUUAAAAAGAAGUGAGAAUAAUUUUUGAAAAUAUUAUUUUAAAAUUAUUUAUUUAAUUAGAUAGUGAAAGUUUAGAACUUUGGGAAUAUUUGUAUUGAUAGAAUAUGACAAUUGGAAGGUAUCUUCAAAGUCCAAGAAAGCCAAGCAUGCCCUGUGAUAAUGAACGUGUACACAUGAAUAUGUUGCGCUAUGUCCAACCCCAGUGACUGAAUUUUAAGAAAUAAUUUCCAUAAAAUUUUUUACAUUUUGUCUGAUCUGGAGAAUUGUCGAGAUUUUUUCUCGACGGAUCUGAACCAGGUUCUUGGACA